CCGAAGUAGUUCGAGGCGACGGGUUGCACCGUCCCGUUGUUGCGUUGUGUAGCGUUGCGUUCCCUUCCUCUCUCAAUCUACGCUCCCGGCGGAGGCCACAGCGGCGACGCGAGAAUAUCCCGGCGGCCUGCUCUCCUCCCGCGCGCCCGUCUCGCUCGGCCGGACGGUCCGGCGUCGUCAGUCAGCCGGCGGCCCGCGCCCAGCUAAGGGCUCAGCCCCCGCGCCCGCCGCGCCCAGGCCCAGCGGCCGGAGCUAGCGCCCCACCUGAGAGCCUCCUCGCUCCGGCGGCGCGGGCACCGGGAGCGGAGCGUCGGUCGCAGCGGCCCGAGGAGAAGCGAGCGAGCGAGGCCCAGGGGUGGCCGGGGCAGGUGGUUGCGCCGCGAAGAUGGUCGCCAAGCAGCGGAUCCGUAUGGCCAACGAGAAGCACAGCAAGAACAUCACCCAGCGCGGCAACGUCGCCAAGACCUCGAGAAAUGCUCCCGAAGAGAAGGCGUCUGUAGGACCCUGGUUAUUGGCUCUCUUCAUUUUUGUUGUUUGUGGUUCUGCAAUUUUCCAGAUUAUUCAGAGUAUCAGGAUGGGCAUGUGAAGUGACUGACCUUAAGAUGUUUCCAUUCUCCUGUGAAUUUUAACUUGAACUCAUUCCUGAUGUUUGAUACCCUGGUUAAAAACAAUUCAGUAAAGCAUCCUGCCUCAGAA